CUGUCAAGGGCACGAGUGACUGUUUACACUGCUAACACUGCAACACCUCGUGCAUUCAGCAAACACAGCAAACACAGUCGUGUCAGCCGGCUCAGAGCAGAGCGUUUCCAGUGACACAAGAGUCCUGUCAGCCGGCUCAGAGUGACACAAGAGUCCUGCCAUAGUAACCAAACAGGUGUGGCACCUGCACCAGGUGUGUUUGACUAUCAAAUAGCAGAGAGAAGCAGCUCUCGGAGCACUCACAGUCUGUCAGCAGCACAGCAGAAGAGAAUCAGACUGCUGGAGAGCAGCCGAUGAAACAUGAACUGGGCGUUCCUGGAGAAUGUGUUGAGCGGGGUGAACAAGUACUCGACUGUGGUGGGACGGGUCUGGCUCUCCAUCCUCUUCGUCUUCCGCAUCCUGGUGUACGUGGCCGCCGCCGAGCAGGUGUGGAAGGACGAGUUCAAAGACUUCGUCUGCAACACACAGCAGCCGGGCUGCGAGCAGGUGUGCUUCGACCGCUUCUUCCCCAUCUCUCAAGUGCGGUUAUGGGCCAUUCAGCUGAUCACGGUGUCCACCCCGUCGCUGCUGGUGGCUCUGCACGUGGCUUACAGGGAGCACAGAGAGAGCAAGUACAAGAGGAAGCUGUACCAGGACAAGGGCAGCCUCGACGGGGGACUGUUCUUCACCUACAUCACCAGUCUCAUCCUCAAGACGUCCUUCGAGGUGGCCACUCUGCUGGCUUUCUACUUCCUGUACAGCGGCUUCCACGUUCCCCGCUUGCUCCGGUGUGACGAGAGCCCCUGUCCCAACACGGUGGACUGCUACAUCGCAAAAGCCACCGAGAAGAAAAUCUUCCUUUACAUCAUGGGCUGUACGUCUAUACUGUGCAUUGUUCUGAAUGUGGUGGAGAUGAUGUAUAUCAUAUGGAAGCAGUGCUGGAAGUGCUUCAGUAAGAGGUACACUCCUGUGCACGAGAGACGGCCUCCGUCCACGCUCACUCUCGGCUCACCGGCGCCGCUAGCCACGUCUAAAGAGGAAGGACUUCAUUCUGCACCGGCUGGAAGGGAAAGCCCAAAGCUUGCUGCUUCAUGAGCACCUGGGCUUUAUUCAUGCAAGCUACACCAGUUCUUCUCCGCUGAUGGCUCACAGACAGCAAGGAAACACAAGAACAACCUACAGUCACGAAGAGCUACAGUAGCAUAACAAACACAAGUAACUUUAAAAAGGGAAAACUUGACUCCAGCAUGGCCUAAUACUCACAAACCAUCAACAAGAUGACAAAAUACAGCCCAGAUGACUUUAAAUUCAGGUUCAUUUGGAACAAGGGAAAGUAUGUCUUGAGCGGAAAACAUUAAACUAUGAAUAUUAUCAACUAACUGUAUUUUAUUACUAAGGCUGUCAUGUUGAUUUAGCAUAUUGUUAUGCCUGCAAAGUUUAUGGUCAUAUUAUUAUAUUUAUUUUUGUAUGAUAAGUAAUUGUGGUACUGUCCAAUUACAGAACAAGAUGAGAACCACUUGGUUUAACUGUAGGGACUCACUUUAUAUUGUCUUUACCUACUAAAUUAAUAAUUUGAUACAAUGA